ACACAUACACACACAAAGGAGGAGUCCUCGCUCCUCAGGAAGCCCUGCAAGCUCGGAUCGCUACUACAAAAACAUUUGUCUCAGUGGAUUAUCCUCACUGUCAGCAGGAACCCAGCCAGAAUGAAACUAGUUCACGUAGCCCUGCUCUAUCUCGGCUCUGUGACCUUCUUCGGGGUGGAUGCUGCAAGGGUGGACGUAGCGACAGAGUUCAAAAGAAAAUGGACGAAAUGGGCACUAAGCCGAACCAAGCGGGACGUGAAGCCUGCGGGCGUGCUCCGAGGGCUGGGGGCAGCCGCCGACGUGCUGCCUCUCAUCCGCACUCAGGACGUGAAGGAAGAUUCCCGAGUCUCGCCUCCCAGCAACCGGGAGGAUGCUCACAUCCGCGUCAAGCGCUACCGCCAGAGCAUUAACAGAUUCCCCCACUUCCAAACAAAGGCGUGCCGCUUCGGGACGUGCACGGUGCAUUGGCUGGUCGACGAGCUCCACAAGGCGGCCGUCAACGACAUGAACGAUGCCGCCCCCCCCAGCAAGAUCAGCCCCCAGGGCUACGGCCGCCGGCGGCGUUCCCUGCCCGAGCGCCGCAGCCCAGCGCGCUCCCCCCGCUCCGGGCGGCGCCCCCGGACGCGCCUCGCCGCCGUCCUCGGAGGAGUCUGA